GGUUUGAACCCACUGCCAGACACCAAAGUUGAUCCUCUUUUAAUAGUCUCUUACUCCCAGUUAUAAACAUUGAGUGAAUGGACUGUGUGUUAGUGAGCUUUUCUUCCUGAUGAACAUAUUGUUUCCCCAGUUAUAAACUUCAGAGAAAAAGCCACCUAUCUGCCAUGUCCCAGCACUUGGUUUAUACUGCUCUAAUGCACUUAAGCUGUACUACAAUGAUUUGUUUACACAGCUAGUUUUCCUUAGACUGCCUUCUUCAAGGUCAGGGACUGUAUCUUAAUCAUUUUUAUGUCCCAAGUCUUAGCCAAUUCCUGGCAAACAGCUGGGAGUCAAAACCAUUUGUUAAGUGAGUAAAUGAAUCAGUCCACCUCUCUUCAGUGCUGCACAGUACAGCAGAUGUCCAGCUCAGAUCAACACCACAGGCUCUACCUGGAGGGCUCAGCUCUCCUGAUAACUGCCAAAAGACCUGGACGUGCCAGGGUGUAUUGUGGAAUGGCUGCAUCUAGAAGAGGGGGAGAGAGGGUCAAAUAUUGUAAGUGAUCCAUGUUUGGAAAACAAGGUUGAAGUUACUCAUUAGCAGGUGAAAGGGUCAAGGAUCAAGGCAAGGGGGCUGGAAGCAGAGUGGACUCAGCAGCCAGAAGGGGAUAACAGUUAAGGCACCAGCCACUCCACAAAGAACACCAGCUCCCUGUUGCAUGAAGAUGUUCCACCAAAUUUGGGCAGCUCUGCUUUAUUUCUAUGGCAUUCUCCUUAACUCUGUCUACCAGUGCCCUGAGUACAGUCAACUGACAACUCAGGGAGUGGAUGGGAAAGAGUUCUCGGAACCCCACCUGGGCCAGUGGUACUUUAUUGCAGGGGCAGCUCACACCAAAGAGGAGUUGGCGACUUUUGACUCUGUGGACAACAUUGUCUUCAAUAUGGCUGUGGGCUCUGCCCCGACAGAGCUCCAGCUUCAUGCUACCAUUCGCACGAAAAACGGGUCCUGUGUGCCCCGGGAAUGGAUCUACCACCUGACCAAGGGGAGCACAGAUCUCAGAACUGAAGGCCGCCCUGACAUGAAGACCAAGCUCUUCUCUAGUUCAUGCCCAGGUGGAAUCAUGCUGAAGGAGAUGGGCCAGGGUUACCAGCGCUUCCUUCUCUACAACCGCUCACCAAACCCUCCUGAGAAGUGCGUGGAGGAAUUCCAGUCCCUGACCUCCUGCCUGGAUUUCAAGGCCUUCUUACUGACUCCCAGGAAACGAGGGGUCUGUAACCAAUCCAGUAACUGAUCUGUGGCUACAUCUGUGCCCCCAGAUGGAUUCAUUGGGAGCUACGGUAGUGGUGGGAGAGGAGAGAAGCUGAAGAAUCCCUCUCAAUAGCAAUAAAGAUUAUUUUUCAAUCCUUA